UUCCUCCUCCUCCCUCUCAUAACGUCGAACACAUCCCUUGACCAGCUUCAGAGUUGCCUCAGAACUGGAUGGAGAGCACGCUGGAGCUGCAUCGACUGGACUACGGCUCACCGGAGCUUGCCAACGUGCUACCAGAAGUGCUCCGUCUGUCCAACGCGAUCUUCGACACGGACCCUCACUCAAAAUACGCGUCGCUCGAGGAGUGGACACGACGCCUUUCCGCUCCUGGGUCAAUCAUAGCGUACCUGUCGCCCCCGUCAAGUCCAGCCCACCCGGUCGCCUUCCUGUUCGCGCAUCCACGCCGCCACACGCCGCCCUUAGCGGGCGGCGAGACAGACAGCGUGCACGUCUGGCUGGCGGGGGUGCUCCCGGAGAGACGGAAGGAGGGCUGUCUGGCGCGGAUGGUGGCUGUGCUGGGGUCUGCGCAGGUCAUGACUGUGUGCACGACCCCGGAUGCGUACCCGGUGAUGUGGAAGUGGCUGAUGGGGCGAGGGUGGUCGGUCGAGCGGGAUCUGGGUGGCGGAAAGGUGAUGCUCAGUAGACGGACUGGAUAGCCAUUUGGCCCCGAAAGGUUCGUCGGGGAUCGGUGCCUCCACACUGCCCGUAUGUAUGGCUAUGGCCGCACAGUUGAUCUGGCAAAUGUGUCCAACCCCCGUGCGUCCCUCCAGGCCAGCGGCGCAGUUGUCUCUACAAACGAUACACACAAGACCAAGUGAUACAACGAGUGACGCUACAGACAUCCGCAACCCAACCCAGCCCAGACCGGCAGCGACUCACGCAACGGCCGCGGUCUUUUCAUCCUCGGCGUCAUCCCGGCUCAGCGCGCGCACCGCGAGCGUGAACUCCUCCAUCUCGUGCUCGUCGCGCUCGCUCUUCUCCGUGCUCUCGACCGACGCCAUGCCCGUGUUCGCCUCGCCCGCCUUCGCGCGCUUCGCCGAGCGGCGGCCUCGCCCGUCC